AAGUCAACAAACUGUGCCGUCACCUGUUUUCCUCAUCCGGGACACGGGAGGGAAAUAAUUCAGUAAUUUCAGCAUAAAAUAUCAGUCAAAUUCUCCGUAAUAACUUCUUGUGACGUCUGCUAAUCACUCCUGAUUACGAAUGACUGGUGAAUCAUUCAUGUGACUGAUUAUAUACUUUAUUUAAGAGUGAUUUGUUCCUAUAAGACUGACUGGUGACUCAUGACUGUGACUGAGUGACUGUGUGACUGACUGACAGCUUCUCUCGCCUCGUUGACUGGUAAAAAAGGGCGGGGUUUUUCGUCAUGGCUUCCCAGUGGAACGUUUAUGAGAGUUUCCAGGCUCUGUUGCAGGCUGGGCCAUACCAUCUCGCUCUAGAGGGAGUCCUGGUGUUGUGCAUCAUAUGGCUCUUCACCGCCAAGAAGCAGCCCUCGAAGCUCGUCAGGCUGACCAAAAAGGAGGAGGAAGAGCUCAUUGCUGAGUGGAUGCCGGAGCCACUGGUGCCAAACCCUCCGCCAGAAGACCACCCAGCACUCCACACCCGCACUGUCUAUGGAAAGGCUGGAAAGUAUUUAGACCUAGGAAAAGGAGAGAAGUUACUGAACUUGGGUACACACAAUUACCUUAACUUUGGAGAGCGUCCAGAGAUUGAGAAAGCGGCACUAGAAUGUCUCCACACCUAUGGCGUAGGGUCUUGUGGGCCCCGUGGCUUCUAUGGUACCACGAAGGUCCAUCUUGAGCUUGAAGAAAGACUGGCAGAAUACUUCAACUGUGAAAUGGCAGUCCUCUAUUCAUAUGGAUUCUCAACAAGUGCAUCUGCAAUCCCAGCUUACUCGAAGAGCGGUGACAUUAUAUAUGCGGAUGAGAUGGUGAACUUCAUUCUUCAGAGGGGCUUACAGGCCAGCAGGAGUCGCGUUGUAUACUUCCGCCACAACGACAUAAAUCACCUUGAGGAACUUCUUGAAGAGCAAGUCAAGCAAGAUAAGAAAGAUCCCAGGAAGGCAAAUGCAACUCGCAAGUUUCUGGUAGUGGAAGGCAUUUACAUGAACUCAGGCUUGAUGUGUCCCCUUCCUGAACUGGUUAAACUGCGUCAGAAGUACAAGCUGCGCCUCUUUAUUGAUGAGUCGAUCACCUUUGGCACCCUGGGGAAGAACUGUCGAGGAAUCACAGACCACUUUGAUGUUCCGAUGAAGGAAGUAGACAUGAUCAUGGCCAGCCUGGAGACCUCUGCAGCCAGUACCGGAGGUUUCUGCGUGGGAACCAAGUUUGUGAUUGACCACCAGAGGCUGUCGGGUCUUGGUUACUGUUUUUCUGCUUCCCUGCCACCAAUGUUAGCAGCCACUUCCAUCAAGGUUGUAGACAUCCUAGAGAAAGAAGGAGGUGACCUUGUUGCAGAGUUGCAAGACAAGUGUCGGCUGAUGCACAACAAACUCAAGGGUCUUCCAUCCAAGGUGACAGUCACCGGAGAAGACAUCAGCCCAGUGAAACACCUUCGGCUGGUUGACUCCAGUGAAAGGGAAGUGGAGGAACAAAUUCUCAGAGACAUUGCGGAGAAGGCCGAGAACUAUGGCGUUGCACUGACUGUGUCCUCUUACCUGUGGGAUAAGGAGGCCAAUCCCCCCAAGCCUUCCAUCCGCAUCACAGUGAACAAGGACCUGACAGAGGAUGAAGUCGAGAAGGCCUUGGAUGCCAUAACGAAGGCGGUGACAGAUAUCCUUGGGUAGAAGGUGCAUGAGAGAGAGGCAGUGUUUUGUUUUUCUUCUUUUUUUGUUGUUCUUUUUAUCCUUGUUUGAUUAACUGAAUUCCAAAAUGAAGUGUUUUAUGUUAGGCUUGGAUGCUACUGUGUGUUUGCUGUAGACGAGGAAGAUGAACGUUGGCUCAUGGGAUUGUUUAAAUGGCGGAGGAUUUCCAAAACGGCAUUGACUUUUCCUCAUUUUGCCUGAGCAGGGGUUGAAUUAAUGGGAAAUAUGCAAUGCGAAUGACAAGAAGGGAUUACCAUAAGAAAGUGUGCUAAGAUUAUCUAGAAAGUUGUGUCGUUGAUAUGUAUUUAGCUGAUACUGAUAGGUUAUGGAACGUUAGGGAAAUAUGCUAGAAUUUGUAACUUUUCCGAAUUGAAAAUAUGAUUUUUAAAAGAGAGAGAGAGAAGGGAAAGAUAAUGAUUAACAACCUACUUAAAAUAAAUGGAAAGAAGCAUGUAACUCAUUGUGAGUGGAAUUCAUUUGCACAAAAAAUACUUGUGAUUUAUGAUUGUAAAUAAUUGGGUUGACUGGUACGUUUGGAGGUGUUAUCUCUUACAGUUGGAGCUUGAUUCUUUGAAAAGACACAGUAACCAAAGUCUAGUAUUAAUAUGUUUAAAGGUUGCAGUAUUUGUGCAAUAAACAUCUGUCAAGAUUGUAUCAAGAAUUAUUGUUUCUACUAUUUUUGUUUUUAUCUUUUGCCAUUAAAAGUGAUCUUAUUUCUCUGUAGUGUCUGCCAGUUUAUGAACAUAAACCAAGCUGAAUUGAGGACAUGAUAGAUUUUGUGUAAUUAGUUAUGGUUGAUUUGUAUGUCUUUUUUUUAAUGAUUAUUGAAGAUGAACAUAACAAGGUAAAUGCCAAAGAAUUCUGUAGCAGGAUAUAAUAUGUAUCGUACAUUACUCCUUUCAAAGUAAUAUAACUGUUUCAUGAUAAAAUAAACUUAUAAAGACUAGUGGCUGUGCUAUUACCUAAUGGUAGCUUAUUUGUGACAUUUACAUAAACGCACACAAAAGAGAUGAGUGUUAAAUAAUGUCAGUAAUAUAUAUAGCUUGCUUAUAUAAUUGUAAUGAACCUAUUUAUGAGACUCACUUCAUAGGUUAUUUGAGGUCUGCCUAAUUUACAUAUAUUGUAUGCAAGUUUUGCUUUAUAUUUAACAAAUAGAGUUAGUGAUAUUAGAAACAAAAGGUUACUUGAAGUCUGCCUUUCCAUGCAUAACUAUAACUAGUUUUGCCCUUUAUUUUACAAAUAUUGUGAAUGAUAUGUGAAAUAAAUGAUAUUGUAUUUUUCCAUUUAUCUGCAAGCCAGUUGAGCCAAUCAUAACAAUGGCUGAGUUAAGUAUCUGCAUCUGAGAUUGUUUAAUCUUUUAUGGAUUGCAUUGGAGGGAAAUUGUGUUGUUUUAAUUUUGGAGAUGCAUUCAAAGUUUCAACAUUCCUUGCUUAGGCAUUUUUACAAGGGUGAUUGCAUUAUUUAUGUUAUAUGAUUUAUUCCUUGGUUACUCAAUUUAUGAUAUGUUGAUUUAGUUUGUUUAUAAGAUAUGAUGACUGUGAAUUUGAAGUUCAAACACUAAGAAUGUAGUUUAUUAAUAUAAUUAAUGGUAAUUUUUUCAUCAUCUGCAAUUUGGUUUUGUAAUUUCAACACCUCUGAAAAAUAUUCAGUUUAUUUAGUAAGCCAAUUCAUUUUGUAUGUGAAAUUAAAUAUGCUUGAUUAUUUGCAUGUUGAUGUUAACAGUGCACUUUUCCACCUCCACGUAGAAUUUUGCACAAAUAUACGAGGCAAAUUAAUAGCUGUCACUUUUGGUCUUUCUUUGGUAUUUGCACACUUAAAUAUUCAACAUAUCACAGGAAUGAAUUUUGUGCAUAGAGAGUUGCCAGUUUAUUAGAAAGCAGUAAGAUAAGGAGUCCAUAUAUUAUUCUUUCACUCCUAAUAAACCAGUGUCUUUCCAUUAAGGAUUUUUAUUUAUACACAGGCCUGCAUGCUGGUAGCGAGAGCACAUUUUUCUUCCAUAGUUUAAGGAGGAAUAUUAAGAGAAGUGAUUUUUGUAUGUGGAUUUUUGAAGUUAUACGUGAUUGUGCCAUUUUGACUCAGGUGUCAGUCUUUUUCAUAUUCAGUUUAAAAUCAUGAAAAGGAAUGAAUGUUCAUGAGUAAAUGAACAGAGACAGUUCUGUAUGUCUGAGUCAGAUUUUUCAAUAAUUAGAUUAGGAGGGAACCCCUUCUUUGUUCUCAUUUUUUGUUUUUUGUUAAAAGUCUGCAAGAUUUAUUUCAUUUUUUGUUUUUUGUUAAAAGUCUGCAAGAUUUAUUUAUCUGUUUUUCUUUUGUGUUUCAUAUUUUUCCCUUCCUUAUUUUUUCCUUUUUUCAAUCAUGGAAUCAUUGUACCUGAAUAAUGGUUCAAGGUUAUUGUAUUUGUCUGGCACUUAUCUCGUAAAAGAUAUGCUCUUAAUUGUAAUUGAUACUCAAAUACUUUCAACCAAGUUCUCAAGUUAUUUCACAGCUGUAGAUUUGGAGUCCAUUUAUAAUGGAAUGCAAUCAAGGGUAUUAAUAAAACCUUUUUGUUUUAUCAGUUCUAUAUUUUAAAAAAUUGAAGAAGUGGUCUUAUUAUAUUAUAUAGCGUCCAGUAUUUUACAAAAAUGACAAAGCCAAGAGGAUUUCCACUUCGAGAAAAUGAAAUUGAUAUCGGUCUCGUUAUCAUCAUCCUCUUUUUUUAGUGGUGCCUUCUUAGAUAAUUAGAGGAAUAUCAGGGUGUUUUGCCAAGUAUGAAAGUAGUAAACUAAUAUGCUUAUGAAAAAAAAGGUUAUCUAGUUAUAUAAUUCUAUUACUGAAAGCUAGUGCCUAUGUACAAGAAGUAUACAUUGUCUUUUAUGUAAUUAUAUAUAUGUAUUUUAAUGAAAGGAAAUCAUUAAUCAUAUAAAUCCUUGAAUAUUAUCUUAAUGAGCAUUUUGAGAAUUGUUUUGUAAUAUUAGGUUGUAAGCUUGGCAUUUACGUUUAAUUGAUCUGAUAAGAUAAAUCUUAUGUGAAAUUAUUGUUUGAUUAGAACUCAUUUCAUUGCGGGAUGUGCAUUAUGAAUCCAAGUGCGGUUUAUUACACUAGUCUUAUGGAUUUCUCUUUUCUAGUUUGCAAUAUGUAAUCAUAACUGAAGUGUUUAGAACUAAAAGGGUGGAUCCAUCCAGAUUUUAUUUUAUGUAAGUUGUAAGGUAUAAUUACCAAUAAAAUACUUAGCAUGUG